AUGGAGACGCAACCACACGUUAAUUUGCAGCACGCAACCGUUUCUUCCAGUGACGCCGAUAACCUACCCAACGACGCGGUGGCUGAUGUGGUGGCUGAUGUUUCAAAUCACAGAGUCACUGAAGAAAAAACCGAUGUUUCAAGAGACGAAGUUAUUCGGAUUCUUCAAGCUAUUGCAUCCUCCGGGAGGUUCUGGCAUGACUGGGAUAAUCUCAAGAGUAUGCUAUCAUUUCAGCUGAAGCAGGUAUUGUCCGAGUACCCUGAGGCAAAAAUGACAAGUGAGCAGCAAUAUGCUUCACUAAGAGAAUCCUACUCUGAUUUGGUCAACAAAUUGAAUGAUGCACUUACGUGUUUUAUUGAUGGCCCACCAUUUACAUUGCAAAGGGUUUGUGAGAUUCUAUUGGACGCAAAAAACAUUUAUCCAAAUCUUUCCAAGCUUGCUUUAGCUCUUGAAAAGAAUUUGUUAGUUACAUCUACAUUAACAAUAUGCACUGAUCCAUAUCCACAAGAACCAGUACAAGAGACUGAUACCAUUGAGAAGCCAAGCGAAAAACAGCAGGAGCAGCAAUCUGAUGGCGCGCAAAAUGGUACUGAGCCUUUGGUCACAGACAGCGACGAAGUAAUGGUUGAGGCUGAUACGACUGAUGAUGUGACCAUUGAAAUGGAAACUUUUGAAGACGCCAAAUCAUCAGAAAAUGAUCCCGAGCCCAAUGCUAAUGAUGCACAAGCUUUGUGA